AUGGCGAAAGAAAAACGAGUUGUUUAUUUUUAUGACCCCAACUGUGGGAAUUUUCAUUAUGGACCCAAUCAUCCAAUGAAGCCGCACAGGCUCACUCUUGCGCACACAUUAGUGUUGAGUUAUGAUUUGACGUCGAAGAUGCAGGUAUUACUUCGUUAUACCUAUCUACUUCUGAAGAUUUAUAAAGCACCAAAGGCUACGAUGAAAGAUAUGAUAACAUUCCACACACAGGAAUAUAUAGAAUUUCUUCGGGAUGUUACGCCAACUAAUCUGAAUAUGUAUUCUAAGGAAAAACUAUUGUCUUACAACGUUGGAGAAGACUGGUACUUGCUUUCCUCUUGCUACCCCAUCUUUGAUGGGAUUUACCAGUUUUGUUCCAUGUAUACCGGGGCAUCAUUACAAGGCGCUAAGUAUCUAAAUGCAGGGGUACUUCUGCUUGCUUUGUUCACAGACAUUGCCAUUAACUGGGCUGGAGGCCUUCAUCACGCCAAAAAAUUCGAGGCCUCUGGAUUUUGUUAUGUCAACGACAUUGUUAUUGCGAUUCUGGAGCUCCUAAAGCACCAUGCUCGAGACAUGUUUGAAGUUGGAGUUGAAAACGGAAAAUAUUACUCCGUUAAUGUGCCCUUAAAGGAGGGCAUAGAUGAUGACAUGUACUUCUCCAUCUUCAAGUCAGUUAUUACUGACGUAGUGCAGUUCUACCGACCAACUGCCAUUGUCCUGCAGUGCGGAGCGGACUCCCUAGGCUGCGACCGUCUUGGUGUCUUUAACCUAUCUAUCCGCGGCCACGGAAGCUGUGUGCGUUUCGUCAAGGGCCUCAACAUCCCCCUUCUUGUGCUUGGUGGUGGCGGUUAUACGGUACGCAAUGUGGCACGGUGUUGGGCCUACGAAACGGCCGUCCUCUUGGGUCAGGAAGAUGUCAUACCCAAUGAGCUGCCGUACUCGGAAUACAUCCAGUACUUUUCUCCUGAUUACACUUUACAUCCUGAUCUUACAACUAAGUUGGACAAUGCCAACACACGUCAAUAUAUUGAGGCUCUACGAACAACCGUACAUGACAAUCUCAAGCAGCUGACACACGCUCCCAGCGUGCAGUUUGUCGAUGUACCGCCGGAUUUCCUGUACACUUUUGAUGAGGACAGCAAUGAUGAGGAGUAA